GGAAUAGAAACCUGGAGUAGUGAAUUUGAAGAAGCAUCAAAGCUGUCGAUCGUUCCUGUAAUGAGAAUUUAUUCUCCAAUUGCAGUGAAGCUAAAUUAUAUAGACAAUGGCAAUAAGCUUCUUAUUAUCAAUCUUCCUCGUAAGCUCUUGAUUAACUAA